GGAACGGCCGGGGCGGAGCGAGGACACGCCGGGCCUCUCGGGUCGCAAAGUCUGAGCUGCCCCCGACCCUGGUGCUUCCGGCGGUCGGUCCGUCUGUCCAGCCAUGGCCGUGCCGGGCCCCGCGCCGCGGAUCGCGCUGCCGCUGCUGCUGCUGCUGCUACUGGCGCCGCCGCCGGGGGCCCAAGGUGAGGUGUGUGUGGCUUCCAGUGGACGCGGCUUCCCUGAAUUCUGUCCUGUGUUCUGCUGUGGCACCUGCAGUGACCAGUAUUGCUGCUCUGAUGUGAGGAAGCAAGUGAGCUGUGCUGAGGCCAGUGUGGCUGUUGCUAUGAACACAGCCCCGGGGGAGCAGCUGGGCACAGCUCUGAAGUUCAGCAUGGACGAUGAUCCCAUGUCAGGGUUCGGGGCGACGGUAGCCAUUGGCCUGACCAUCUUUGUGCUCUCCGUGGUCACCAUCAUCAUAUGCUUCACUUGCUCCUGCUGCUGUUUGUACAAGAUGUGCCGCAGACCACGUCCGGUCGUGACCACUACCACGUCCACCACUGUGGUGCAUGCCCCGUACCCACAGCCUCCUCCAAGUGUGCCACCCAGCUACCCUGGACCAACCUACCAGGGCUACCACCCCAUGCCUCCGCAGCCAGGGAUGCCAGCAGCACCCUAUCCAGUGCAAUACCCACCACCCUACCCAGCCCAGCCCAUGGGCCCACCAGCCUACCACGAGACAUUGACUGGAGGAGCGGCCAUGCCCUACCCUGUCAGCCAGCCUCCUUACAACCCAGCCUACAUGGACCCACCGAAGGCUGGCCCUUGAGCACGCCCUCCGUCUCUGGCUGCCACUGAUGUGUGAAUGUGUGUGAAUGCAGACACGGUUCUCUUUGUUAGUGGUUGCGUGUGUUGUCUAUUCACAGGCUUUUUACAAUGCUGACGUGGUGGUGAGCGAUCCUCGCCAGAGAUGCUGGGAUAUACUUUGUUCUCUUCCUCCCUUGACAUUAUGCUUCUUGAAAUUACAAGACUCAAAGAAUGACUCAAAAGAGCUCUUUUCCAGACCACCCCCAGGAGACCAGAGGGCCAUGUCACACUAGAGUCACACAGUGUUUUUUCUUUUCUUUUUUCUCUCUUUUUUUUUUUUUUUUUUUUGUGGCAGCAUGCAUGUGCUCUCCUUUUGGUGGAAUGGCCACUGCUUGUGGCCAUGAAGAGCCAGAGCCAUGCUACGGGCAGGUGGGUAAGGCUUGUGGCCCAGCAAUAGGGUUUAAGUCAUUAUAGUGGGAGUUCCCAAGCUCCUGGGCCUGUGCUACGCCCAGUGAGGGCAGACAUCAAAGCACCUCAGGCAGAGCCUCAUCCUCCCGUAUGAACUGUCUGCCCAGAUUUUCCCUACCUUCUCCCUGGUAUUGCCAGGGAGCCAUGUGCACCCACAGGUCACCCUUACGGGUGCCAGCCCAUGACAGGUGGUCAGUGUGCCACCUACACACUCAGGUGUCUCCCCCCUGCAGUGUAUCUGUUUUACCUGUAGCCAAAUAUUAUGCCUUAUCCUGUUGCAAAUGGUGUGUGAAAAUUUCAGUGGGCUGAAGCCACUGGGACAUGAAUAUCCCAUUGAGAGGGACCAUCUGACGCUUGUCAUUCCCUGCUUCCUCCAACGACAGCCCCAGCGAGUAUCCAGCUUCUGUGCUUGUCAAGAUUGUCUGGGCAGUGGGACCCUUGGGUCAAGGGGCAAUGUGACCCAAGAUGGAGGGGAACUCUGGGUGACAGCUCAGACCCAAACUUGAAUUCCCCCGUGUUCCCGGCCCUCUGUUCAUUCUCACCAGGUCUUUCCUAGCUUUGUACCUGUUCAUGUGUUUCUGUGAGUGUUGUUUAUAAUAAAGGCAAACUUUUGGA